ACGUUGCCACGUUUCCAUGUUCUCUUACACUAUCAUACCCUUCACUUCACCCUCUCUACUUUCUCUCUCUCUCUGCGAUCUGUUUCGUGUAGCUGUUCGAAAAUGCUGGCACGCCUCGCCGCGAAACGCUUCAACGAGAUCCGUCAAAUUUUCCGUCAGCCUUCGAGGGCUUUCUCAACCGCUCUGAACUACCACCUUGACUCACCGGACAACAACCCUAACCUCCCAUGGGAAUUCUCCGAUGCACACCACGCAAAGGUCAAGGAGAUUUUAUCUCACUAUCCAUCCAAUUAUAAGCAAUCUGCAGUGAUCCCUCUUUUGGAUCUUGCCCAGCAGCAGCAUGGAGGGUGGCUCCCUGUUUCUGCAAUGAAUGCGGUAGCUAAGGUUAUAGAGGUUCCUCCCAUACGGGUUUAUGAGGUUGCCACAUUUUACUCCAUGUUCAAUCGAGCUAAGGUUGGGAAGUACCAUCUGUUGGUUUGUGGAACAACACCUUGUAUGAUACGUGGUUCACAAGGAAUUGAAGAAGCCUUAUUAAAACACUUGGGAGUGAAACGCAAUGAAGUAACACCAGAUGGUUUGUUUUCUGUUGGAGAAAUGGAAUGCAUGGGGUGCUGUGUGAAUGCUACUAUGAUUACAGUGGCUGAUUAUUCAAAUGGAUCGGAGGGAUAUACUUAUAAUUACUAUGAAGAUGUAACUCCAGAGAGAGUAGUUGAGAUAGUGGAAUUGCUGAGAAAGGGGGAGAAGCCACCGCACGGCACGCAAAAUCCCCGGCGGAUUAGGAGUGGACCUGAAGGAGGGAAUACUACCUUGUUAGGUGAGCCCACGCCUCCUCCCUGCCGUGACCUGGAUUCCUGUUGAAGUGUGAUACUUUUUGCCUUCAAUAAUGUGAGGCUUGCACGCGUUCGAGCUUGCCUUGAUCUAAACAUUGUCAAAUUGUUAGAUCCUCAACCAAUUUUUGUAUUAACCUGCCUGGAUGACUUCCGUUUAAAGAAAAAUAUCUGUUCCAUAAAGCCAUUGAUUUCUUGGCUUGUUUAUUACUUAAUAGCUUUAUCUAUGUGCUUUACUGUACUCUGUACAUCAAUCAUCAUGAAUGAAAUUUGAGAUUAUGAUGGCA